AACCCGUCAAACUUCAUUUUAGAGUUAAUUUGCUUUUCAAGUUAAUUGGAAUUAUCCAACAAUAAUUAUGUGGGAUAUAUCAGUAAUGGACGAAUAUUUAAACUUUUAGUGGUUGGUCUUUUUAUUUUACUUGAAAAAUAUACAAUGAAUGGUAUCUUGGUUCUAAAUAUAUUGCUUGUCCCGUCGCAAUAUAUAGUAAUACACUAAUACGUACGGACUGAGCUAUGGUAAGACAUGUACUGAAGUACGCAUGUAUAUGUAACAACAUUUGGAAGAUCAAAAUGUUCUGUUUUGGAACAUGGCAUACGGAAAAUCGAGUUAUAAUAUGUAGAGGGGACACACAAAAACAACUUCCAAGAAUUAAGGCACUAAUUUUUAGCAAAAAAAAAAAAUGUAGGCAUUAAUACAAUAUGGCUCUGGUAUUUUAACAGUAAUUAAGUAAAGUUAAUUAAAAAAACAGCUGUAUUAAUAAGAGAGGUUGAGUUAAAUGAUGUGAAUGGUUCAGUGGGAGCUGAAUGAAGCAGGCCAGGUUCAAGUUACGGCUAAUUUGGUGGUGGAACACGAGAAAAGACAUGUGGGAUUGUGUUUUGGCCUUGUGAUUAAAACGUUUGUCUAAGCUAAAAAGUCACAAAUUUCAAGUAACUUGUUCCAGUAUAAAAAAUAGUAAUUGAGCUUAGGAAGUUUCGUAGAGAUGUUUUUCUUAAGCUACACUGCUAAAAAGAAAAUUAAUUGGAAAUAACUUUUAAAAUAUGCUUGGGCAAUUUAACCAAUUUUUGUAAAGCAAUUAAUAAACGUGACAUACUCGUUACAAAACACAAGUAUUUCAAUGUAUAAUACGUGUUAACCGGUGAGGAAAACAAUACCACUGGUGCAUUCAUACAUCUUUCUCACUAUGAUAUCCAUAUGAAACUAUACAACAUCUCAUAAGUUUGGUUUUCCAUUAUAUAUGUGUUGUUAGUCUAUGAAGCUAAACACUGCAAAUAUACAUACUAAUUACAUGUAUAUUCACACACGUAUAUAACAACGUAGUAUAUAUCUUUUUUUUUUGACAACGUAGUAUAUAUCAAACUAAUAUAUUAGUAUAUAGAUAAACUAACUAAAGUUAUAAUCUGUGAUUCAGCAAAAAAAAAAAACUAAAGUUAUAUAUGAAAAUGAAAGUGGUUGCAUUUUGUUUUGCGAGUAAAAACGACUCAAAGCAUCCCCAUUUUUGUGGGAUCUGUUUAUCUCAUUUGAGGCAAAAUGGCUCUAGUCACAUUGAAUCAGUCAAUAAGAUGAUAAACAAAACAAAUGAGAAAGCAGUUACAAGCAUGCUAUCUUUCAUAACAUAUAAUUGAAUAUCAACAUAGCUCAGAUUGAAUCUCUCACUCAAAAACCAAAAAUAUAUGUGUAAAUCGAAGGUCGGACGUUAGAGAUGCUUACAGAUAUAUGAAUUUUAGAUCUAGACCACGAAUUAACGAAUCCUUUCUUUCCAAUAACGAACGAAACCUUCAAAAUCUAUCUAUUUAUCUAUCUAUCUAUCUUUUCUUAACAUUUACACUAAAAAAGUAUACUAUCUUUGAUGUACCAUAUACGCCCCCAAAUGGAUAGUCUAAUCAAAAGAUUAAAACUUACAUGAGCUAUGUAAUUAGCUAUAUUUAGCUUACGGCAUUAUAAGAAUAGACAUACUACUAUUAAUCGGUGUUUCAAAAAAAAAAAUACUACUAUUAAUCAAAAAAAUAUAUUUUAUCGUCACUUAUUAUUGUAGUGCAUAAAAGAAUAAGGUAUGCAACCAAAUGGCCGACCAAUGUAUAUUGGUUGGUGUAUUUUCACAUUGUUAUGUAAAGUUUGGUGACGUGACUCAACCAUAAGAAAUUAAGAAUAAUUUUCUUAUGGAUAUCUACUCGUUUAUUUUAAACUAAAACGUACAAUGCAGACAAAAACUUAUAUCCCUAUAAAAACUCAUUCGAACGAGUAUCUUCCUCAUCAAAUCACUUAACCUUCUAAAGCUCAUCUCUCUCUUAUCAAAAAUCACAGUCUCUCUAUCCCUACUUAAAUCUUCUAGAAGAUUCGUUCAUAAACCGGUUAUUCAAGGUAAAAACAAAGCGGAUAUGGAAAACAUCAUCAUGAACUUGAAGAGAAAGGAGAAGAAAUCACAAAGUAGAAGACUUGGGAAGUAUCUUAAAGAACAGAAAGGGAGGAUUUACAUCAUUAGAAGAUGUGUGAUGAUGCUCCUUUGUUCACGUGAUUGAUAUUUCAUUUAUUCGUUACGAUACAUUGUAACAUGUACAAACAUAUUUACAUGUACGUGUAUAUAUGUGUGUGAGAAUGUUCAGAAAUCAGGGUAAAGCAUGUAUACACACGUAUAAAUGUUUGUGCCCUAAUGCGAAAUUUUGUAAAUGAAAAAGUUACUUGUUACUACAACAUAUUGAUUGUUCAUCAUUUAUCGAAUCUUUGAAACAUGAAACAAAGAUUUAGCUAUUCUGAUUCAAAGUGCGUAUAGUAAAAUAGAAACUUGAAAAUAGGGGCUAUAUGAAUUUUUAAUAAUUCACAUAUAGAAACAAUGUAGAUGCGUAUUUAAUUUAUACGUUUCAAAGGAUAAAGAAGAUGGCUACAUGUAUCUCACAAUACAUGAAAUAUAUUUGACAAAAGAGCGGCCAUUGCAUUUCAUAGUAGUAAUAUAGUAUGCUUCAUAUGUUGGGAACAAUGUCACAAAGUAUAGUUCAUUAAUCAAUUCGCAAGUUGGGAGAAGAGAUUGGGUUUCACAUGUAUAAAUAUGUAUUCCUCGAAAUCAUUCUACAUUACAUUUCCUUACAUUUCUUCACACACUUGUGUUAUUAUCACUCCAUUGACUAUUUUUCGUUUUGUUCCAUCUAAUACGUUAGAGUUUCUUAUUGUUAUUUUCUUUUAAUCCUGAGAUAAAAACAUAAGUAAAAAUGCAGCAAAAACUAAGGAUUAAUAUGGGAAAAACAAAGGGUCCACUUAAAAUAUCUAGAUUUAUUUUAUUUGAAAUAUUUUUGAGUCGUUUUCUCCACUAUUUGAAAUAUAUAUAUAUAUAAGUUUAUAAUCUUGGCAAAUUUUAGAUAUUGGAUAUUGGACGUGCUAUUACUGAUCAUCGUUUUUUUGGUAUCUAAUUGACCUGAAUUUGACUUAGUAAGUAGGUCAAAUAUAAUACUCUUAUACAGUAUAUGGAAAUAAUAUUUUUUUUUUGGUCAAACCUUUUCCAUUAAAACUUAAACUGAAACAUUGUUGCCAAUCUCUGAGAGAUUGUUUGAGUACUGAAACAGAGAGUUUUUUGCCAGCGAAUCCGCUUGGACGUUACAGACUCGAGAGAUAAACUGAAACGAGAUAGAGUUGAAGGAUUUACUCAACACGCCUAGGUCAUGGAGAAUCCCUCGAAGAGAAAUCACAGACUUGUUUCCUGUGAUUAAAUCAAUGAGACUUUUGGAAUCUGAAAAACAGAUCACGUCUUUGAUGCCUGAGUAGACAGCCUUCGAGAGACCUGUCCGUAGCGCCAAUGCUUCUGCUACCAAGGCUGAAGCUAUAUAGUGCCUGUUUUCUGUUCCUUGGAAGAGGUGUGUGCCUAUCGAGUCUUGACAGACCCAGCUCAGCCCACCUGCAAGAGUAGAGCUAUUCCAAGCAGCAUCUGAGAACAGCAUACUAGCAUUUGUUGGUACCUGAGGAGGUAAGCUCGAGGUUUGACAGUCUUUAGAUGAAACAGAGGGUUGUAUAUGGAAAUAAUAUAUCAAAGACUAAUUCUGCUCAAACUCAUGAGUCACAAAAUUGACAACACAAAGAGUUUAGCUUUCUAACAACCAAAGAUGAAGCUUCUAAGACUUUCUCAAUAAUAAAAGAAACCAAGAGUACCUUGACUGAUCUUCUAAUGCAUUGAAGUUCACCAAAUCUAAUUGUUGUAACAUCCUCUGUCUAAGAGCAUUUCUAAAAAGACCUCUAUUUAAAGUUUGACAAAACUUCAAAAUUAAAGUUUAAGAGUGUUUUUCACCAAAAAUAAAAUUUUAUAUUCAACUUUCGAACUUUUAUAUUUUACAUCAUAAGACCUUAACAAAACUUAACUAAAAGCAUAAAUCUUUUACAAUAUCUAUAAAAUAUCCAACAAAACUAAUAAAGAAAAUAUUAUAUUAUAGUAAAAACAUUGUACAUAAAUAAAAAGUAAAAACAUACAAAUUAAAUCAUUAAAUUUAAAUAAAUUAUAUAAUUAUUUAUUUAUAUAUACUUACAUAAUGAUCCCAUACAAAUAACUAUCUCGAUUAUAAUUACAUCAUAAGACUCUAUUGUUGAUUCUAGUACCCGUGAGUUUAUUUGAUAUGAACAAAAAAAAUCA